AUGAUUCCAAGAGCUUUUUCAGUGGCUGACCCUGAAAGAGUCAGAGGAGGCAAACCUUUAGAAACACCACGAACUGAAGGGAGGGAACCACAGAAAAAGGACAAGACAAGAAAGGAAAGAAAGAAAUAUGGACAGUGUCUCUAUGCCCAAGGUGAAAAAAAAGGAGGGAAGAAGUGGCCAGCAGCAAACACCUCCAAUCUGAACUCCUCCUUUUCACCCCUGCAGAGCGGGGGGUUUUACCAGGAAAAAAACGCCACUGCCCAGCGAAUAUCCUCAGCCAGGAUCCACAAAAUCAAAGAGCUGAAGAACGAAAUAUUCGACUUGCAAAGGAAAAUCGAGACCUCGAGCUUCGAGAACCUGGCUUUGAAAGAGCUGAACUGGCGGCACACAAGGGCCAUCGAAAAGUACAGCAACGGAGAGAGCCACCUGCAGGAGGUGCUGGCAGGGCAUCGGAGCCACAUGAGAGACCUCAGGAACCUCCUGAAAAUGUCCCAGCAGGCCGAGAAAAACACAGCCACGGAGCUGAAAAAAGUCGAAGCGGACCUGAGGAGAACUAAAGGUGAUCUGAAGGCUUUGGCUGUGCUGUCGGAAGACAAAGCUCUGGCAGAGAAGGAGGAACUGAAUCGCAGGUUGUCAGUCCUUAACGAAACACUGGAAGCAAAGGAUGAGACGAUACAGAGUCUGGAAAUGCAGCUGAAGCUGAACAGCAGCACCUUUAGUCGUCAGCUGGCAAGUGAGAGUAAAAAACUCCUGGAAGCUACCAUGACCACAAAGAACUUGCUAAUGGAAAUUAACAUUGUUCACCAAAAAAUUAAGGAAAAGGAUCGGCAGCUUUACAUACAGAAUAUUUAUGCAAAUCGGAUGCCAAAAGCCCUGAGGGACAGAAGUGAUUGGGUUCCUAAUGACCAAAGUCUGAAAGUAGACAGAUCAGUACAAGUAGAUAAAGAGAGUUUUAGAGAGCUGCUGCUGUCUCAGCACCAGAAAACAGAAAAAAAUCCAGUCCAGCUAAAAAAGGAGAACAGAGAAGAUAAGGGUGGAAAAGGUAAAGCAAAGGAAGUGUGCUCAGAUGCCCAGGGUAAAAAAGAAAAGCAAGCAACCAAGAAAGUGCCAGAAACUUCAAAGAGGACACACAGAGGGAGCAAAUUGCUGAUGGAAGAAUGCAAAUUAUCAGAAUUUAUUAAAGAAAUGGAAAAAGAGACAGAGGUUCUUAAAAAGGAGUUGAAAACUCUGAUGAAAUCUGAACAAAGUCCUCAAAGAGUAAAAGAGAACAGUCAAGAGGGAGAGGCAGUGGAAGAAGUUGAAAAAGAAGAGAAAAAAAGCCAUGAGCAGCAAAAGAAGAAAGCCAGGAGUCAAGGUCCAAGUCCAAGCAAAGACCCCAGUAGGCUGAAAAAAAGAUACAUCUUCUCAGGGGCUGUUGAGAAUUUGCACCAGGGGCUCCACACUUCAGGCGCCAAAUGCAAAGCAGGAUUUGGGAAAAGCUGCCUGAGCAGCCAGAGACAGGCAGGGCAGGGCUGCAGUGACCCUGCUGUGCCCAGGGGGAAAAUCUCCUUUGGGGCUUAUGAACCUUCUUUUGGGCAAAUCCCCCUGGGCUGGCAGGACAGCCCCUCUGGAGAGGAAGAACCACCCGAUGGAAGAGCUCUCUGGGGAGGAAUGUUUGCAAGGAGACAGCUCCUGGAGUUCCAGCAGCACAAGGGUGAGGGCAGACAAGUGAGGGGGGCGAGGCAAAUCCCAAACUCCAUGCCAGGCUCCAACUCUCCUCGCUAAAAUCAGCUCCUGAGCUACUCCACAAUUAUUCCUCAUAGUUAAGUACAUCAGCUUACCUUUAGAAAGUUUAAACAUUCAUGUUGUUACAAACCAAAUGUUUUACUUUCAUUAAAUGUUUAUUUAAUCUUACAAGCACUGGCAAUUGCUUUCCAUGAUUUUUUCCAAAACAAUCCAGUCAGUUGUCACAAAAACCACAUUCUGUGCUUGGUCUGUUUCCACAAAAAUGUGCUGUAUUAAGAAUUCCUUAUCAUUUUUACCUGUUACCAGGUAAAAGUUAGUCCUUGUUUAGGAACUUCCAGGUUUUUGCAUUCCCAAGGAGCUGGAAUUUGGGAGCUGGGUUGUUGUCAGCUUGCUGACAUGAGCACCCAGCUUUCAUAAGGGUCACUGCUGGGUGAGGACCAACAAUGCAAUAAAACACUUUUCUAGUUCCUUCACUCCCCAAACAGCUUCCAGAAUUCACAGAUAAUAAAAAUAAUUUGCUUCUACAUUGUUUUCACGAGCAUCAGAAACCUCUAAAGCCUCAUUCUUUCCCUCUGUUGGAACUUAUCAAAGCAGCUUGCCUGGUAACUUCCCCAGCUGACAUCCAGAGAUGAAUGUGCGAGAGGAAAGCUUUGUUUUGGAGAAGUCAGGCAUAGCCAGUCCCCAAAAAGCCUCUAAAAAUCCUUGUUUAAGGUUAUGUAAGCGAGGGGAGGAGGAUUGUGGUUUGUUCCUCACACUAAUUUAUUAAAUACUUGCGAAAUUCAUGUGAAGUUUGAAAAAAUUAGGGGCAUUCAGUUAAUUUUUAAAGGCAGUUGCACUUUAAAAAAAUGUCCAAAAUUACACUACAAAAGUUUUUACAGAUGACAAAGGCAUUCAGAGCUGAACCUGUUGAAGCAACAUUUCAAAUAAUUAAAAAAAUAAAUUAGUUGAGUUGAUUCAAACAGUAUUUCCUUAUGCACAAACGUGGGGGGGGCAUGGUUUUGGCAUGAAUCUUGCUGAGUUUAGGGUUUCUUUUGUCAUUUUGGGUUUAUU